AUCAGACAACCCAAGCUGACAGCUCAUCUACUACAGCGCCUACCUUUUCAAGUUUCUUGCCGCUCAUAAGGCUAUAUCCUUCAUACACUGUCGAAUUGAUUGUACGUUGGUAUCACCUGAUCUCAGAGCUCUGAAUUGCAUCAGGCAUACGCGCCGAACUACUCCGAUCUUCAACUGGCAAGGCUGAAUUUGCGGACUUACUAUCUGAAGAGCGAGGGCUAUAGGACCCCUACCCAGACUUUAGCAAAUAUCACCAUCUUCAAGCGAGACCAAGCAUUAGAGCAGCUUUCAGACUUUGAACACAGGCUGGAGCAAAAUACAAAAUGUCGGAAUCCAGGCUGUACACAUUCUCACAAGAGACGAAGGACCAGCUCCGGAAAUUUCGUCUAGGCACAUCCAGGGCCAAGACGCCCAUGGCUAAGAUAUAUCAAAUCGACAUCAAAACCCAAGAAAUCAAACCCUCCUCAGAGGACACAUACACCGAUAUGCUCGAGUUAGCUGACGAGCUACCCGACUCAUCGCCGCGAUUUAUUCUGUUGAGUUAUCCCUUGACUUUGCCGUCAGGUCGGCUCUCCGUGCCUUAUGUCCUGAUCUACUAUCUCCCCGUGAACUGCAAUCCCAAUAUGCGCAUGAGCUAUGCCGGUGCCGUCGAGCUUAUGCGUGGGACGGCAGAAGUCAAUCGUGUCAUAGAAAUCUCUGACGCAGAGGACCUGCAGGAGAUUGAGGAGAAGCUGAAGGGCGAAGACUAGGUAGUUUGACCGUCUUGAGCCAAGAAAGGGGAAGGGAUGCGAAACCCAGAAGGCAUUAUGCUACGACCACGUAUUGCGGUCAGUUCGGUUCUUGUGCCCGAUGGACAGAUCGAGAGAGAUCAAGCGAAUUUACAACGGAUUGCACAGGCCGGGGCAAGUAUAAUACCUUUCUCUGAUUGAGAUGCAUUUACGAAGUACAUCACAUUGCUAAAGCACGGAAUGAAACCCUUUUUUGCCC